CUAGGUCCCAUCUGUAUAUAAAUGGCCAUGAAAGAUCAUAAGUUCCUCUCAGAUUCUCGUUUCUGCCGGCGAAAAUGUCGAAGCGAGGGCGCGGAGGAUCUGCAGGUAACAAGUUUAGGAUGUCACUUGGUCUACCGGUGGCAGCGACGGUGAAUUGUGCAGACAACACUGGAGCUAAGAACCUGUACAUCAUCUCAGUGAAGGGUAUCAAGGGGCGUUUGAACAGAUUGCCAUCGGCUUGUGUUGGAGAUAUGGUGAUGGCCACUGUCAAGAAGGGAAAGCCCGAUCUCAGGAAGAAGGUUCUUCCUGCUGUCAUUGUCAGGCAGCGCAAGCCAUGGCGGCGAAAGGAUGGGGUUUUCAUGUACUUCGAAGAUAAUGCAGGAGUGAUUGUGAACCCAAAAGGAGAAAUGAAAGGUUCUGCAAUCACAGGUCCCAUCGGAAAGGAGUGUGCGGAUUUAUGGCCUAGGAUCGCAAGUGCAGCCAAUGCUAUCGUUUAGUGUACGUCUAGAGUAUCAUUCUUCUCGAUUCUGUGGUUAUAACACCUCGUAAUUUUUGAUAUCCUAGUGGUUUCUUUAAAUUACUGUCUCUUCCAAUGCGAGAUUUAAUGGAUCAUUUUUGGGUCAAUGAAUUAGAUUCUGAACUGGCAA